AUGAUGGACGACCAAUUAUGUACGCGCCAAUUGGGUUAUAUAUAUCACCUGCUAGCUGGGAGCUUGAGACUUGCCAAGAAAAACAUGGAACAUAAAAAUGGGGUGCUUGCAUUAGAACAGAAGGAAGAUGAACUAGCCAAGGUGGAAGUGUGGAAAUAUGCGUUGGGAUUCUCGAAAGUCGCAGUGGUGAAGUGUGCCAUUGAGCUUGGAAUAGCUGAUGCUAUUGAAAGCCAUGGAAGCCCCAUGACACUCUUAGAGCUAGCCGCAACGCUCAAGUGUGAUCGUUCUACUCUUUACCGCAUCAUGAGGUUUCUAGUUCAUCACCAAAUAUUUAAGGAAGUCCAAUCAGGCCUCAAAAGUUAUGCACAAACGGCUCUGUCACGCUGCCUACUAAAAUCCGGUAAAAGAAGCAUGGCUGCACUUAUUUUGCUGGAGAGUAGUCCGGUAAUGCUAGCGCCGUGGCAUGGCCUAAGUGCUCGAGUUCGGGGAACUGGCAUGAGUAGUCCUGCGUUUGAGGCAGUACAUGGUGAGGAUAUUUGGAGCUUUGCAGCGGCUAAUCCCGGUCACAGUAAGCUUAUCGAUGAAGCCAUGGCUUGUGAUACAAGGGUGGUAAUGCCUGCAGUUAUUGCAAGUUGUAUAGAGGUUUUUCGAGGGAUUGAGAGCAUAGUAGAUGUGGGUGGUGGCGAUGGAACUAGUUUAAGCUUGCUGGUUGAGGCUUGCCCUUGGAUUACUCGUGGGAUCAAUUUUGAUCUUCCUCAUGUUGUAUCUGUUGCUAAGGAGAGUGACCGAGUUGUGAAUGUUGAAGGUGACAUGUUUGAUUGUAUUCCAAAGGCCGAUGCUGCAAUUAUGAAGUCGGUUCUUCAUGACUGGAGCGACGAGGAGUGCAUUUGUAUACUGAGGAAUUGUAGGGAAGCGAUCCCUAAGGACAAGGGGAAGGUGAUAAUUCUGGAAGCUAUUAUUGAAGAAGAUAAGACGGAAGAAGAUGAGCUCACAGAUGUGAGAUUAAUGCUAGACAUGGUAAUGAUGGCCCAUACUAAUGCUGGCAAAGAGAGGACAAUGAAGGAGUGGGAAUAUGUUCUUGGGGAAGCUGGCUUUAGCAGACACACUGUCACACCAAUUGAUGCUGCCCCAUCUGUUAUUCAGGCUUUUGUGUAAUGUAUGAAACAAAUAAAAUAAACAAGUGUGGAAUUUGAAGUUGUGGAAUUCGUGUUUCAUUCGAUUUCUGUUCAAGUUACGUAGUGGUCUGUCUAUGUUGUAUUUGUAUGGUUGGCAAUAAGAAACUCUGUGUGCUUGUAUCUUUUCAAGUUACCUAGUGGUCUUUCUAUGUUGUAUUUGUAUGGUUGGCAAUAAGAUACUCUGUGUGCUUGUAUCUUUUC